UACAGAAAUGCCAUCAUUGCUUGACAUCGUUCCCUUCCCCUCUUCCUCAAAGGAAUUCUCCAGCUAAAACCCAGAGCUAUCUCUCAGUUUCAGAAGCUGUUUCUUUCAAAGAAAAUGGUUUCUGUUUCUUGCUCUUGUCCAGUUUCUAGCUUUCGCUCCGUAGAACUUGGAGCUCGUAUUGUUCCUCCUCUAUUUUUCGUCGGAAAUCAUGGACGAGUCACUUCCGGUUCGCUUCGAAUCAGAGAAGGUUGUUUCCUAAACUUCAAGAGUGAAAACCCUCAGAGAUUCGCUAUUUCCGCGGUUGUGGGUAAUAAAAAUGUUGUUGCGCCUAAAGAGAAGAACGACGAAACGAAUAGUGAUUCUGAAAAAGUGGUAGAUAACCAGAAAAUGAUCAAAGUUUGUGAUAAGCUAAUCGAGGUUUUCAUGGUUGAUAAGCCGUCACCAUCUGAUUGGAGAAGACUGUUAGCUUUUAGCAAAGAAUGGGAAAGUAUCCGUCCGCACUUUUACAAAAGGUGUCGGGAACGAGCAGAUUCCGAGGAGGAUAACCCUGAGAUGAAGCACAAGGUUCAUCGGCUUGCAAGAAAGCUCAAGGAGGUCGAUGAAGACAUUCAAAGGCACAAUGAGCUUCUGGAUGUCAUCAAGAGGACAUCACCGGCUGAAAUUGGUGAACUUGUUGCUAGUCGCCGUAAGGAUUUCACGAAUGAGUUUUUUGAACAUUUGCAUACUGUUGCGGAAUCCUACUAUGACAAACCGGAUGAGCAAAAUGCUCUUGCAUCACUUGGAAAAUUGUGUAUCGCGGCUGUACAAGCUUAUGACACUUCAACAGAAAGCAUUGAUGCAUUAAACGCUGCGGAAAUGAAGCUCCAAGACAUAAUCAACUCCCCUUCUCUUGAUGCUGCCUGCAGAAAGAUUGACAAUUUGGCUGAGAAGAAUCAGCUUGAUUCCGCGUUGGUUCUUAUGAUCACAAAAGCUUGGUCUGCUGCAAAGGAAUCUAACAUGAUGAAAGAUGAGGUAAAAGACAUAUUGUAUCAUUUAUAUGUAACAGCAAGAGGGAAUCUGCAGAGGCUUAUGCCCAAAGAGGUGAGGAUACUUAAGUAUCUACUAUCGAUAGAGGAUCCCGAGGAACAGAUGAGCGCUCUACAAGACGCUUUUACCCCUGGGGAAGAGAUCGAAGGGGCUGAUGUAGACUACUUAUACACGACGCCUGAGCAUUUGCAAAGCUUGAUAAAGACGGUGUUGGAGGCAUAUCAUUUCAGCAGGGAAGGGAGUUUAGUGAAGGAAGCGAAGGACCUUAUGCAUCCUGAGCUCAUUGCCAAAAUGGAACAACUCAAGAAGAUUCUUGAAAAGACGUAUAUGUGAUCAAGCUUUUACUGAUCCUAAACUCUAUUCUUAGGUUUCUAUGUAUGUGACUGUGUGUUGUAUAUGGUGUUUGACAUUGUUCAGGUUUCACAUAUAUAUUUGAUACCACCUUCAGACUUAGACUUUAGAGAUAUGCUGCAGUAAUUCUUCCUUUUUUUUGGUUUUAAUGUUACUAUUUCUUCAUUAUAAUGUAAAUUCUAUAUAAAAUCAUCAACUUAAUUUCAA